GCGCUCCACACAAUUAAAUAAAAUAAAUUAUAUUAAGUGAAUAUAUAAAUAUUACUAAUGAUGCCUCAGUGGAUAUUGUAUGAGAUAUUCUCUCUUUCCUAAAGCCAACGCAUGCACUCUGAAGGUACGGCAUACCCAGGGGUGGACUGACCAUUUGGAAACUCGUGCACUGCCCGAGGGCCCGGGGUCAGUAGGGGGUUCUAUGAGAUGCCCCUGGUACCUUUUUCAUUGGCUUUUUUGAGUUUGGGCAAGGACACAGGGGCCCUAUGAUCCCCUAUUGCUGGGGGGCCCCAUGAGUUGUCAGUCCGCCCCUG